GAACUCAGCGUUCGGUGGAAUUGCGUGUGCGUGCCACGGAUCCACGUCCCUGUCCAAAAUGUGGAAAGAUUUAUAGAUCUGCACAUACACUUCGUACUCACCUUGAGGACAAACACACGGUCUGCCCAGGUUACAGAUGUGUUUUAUGUGGUACUGUUGCGAAAUCCCGAAAUUCGCUACAUUCUCAUAUGUCACGUCAACAUCGAGGCAUCUCCACGAAAGAUUUGCCCGUACUACCAAUGCCAUGUGCAUUUGAUCCAAAUUUAGCUUCACGUUUGCUAGCCAAGGCAGGUGUAAAAAUUUCCCCGGAUGAUCUGCAUGACCGAUCUUCAUCCGUUAAUAGUAACAGUAUGAGCGGACCCGACUACCUUUACAGCAAUCAACAUAAGAUUGGAACUUGUGAACCUGUUGACGAUCCUGAGGACUUAACAGCUGGCAGCAUACAUUAUUGUAGCACAUCUUCUGUAGAUGAUAUCAAGCGAAAGGGUUUAUUGAAUAUGGAACAGGCUAAUACCACGCUUGCUCGUAUUAAAAGUGAAGCCGCGAUUGCUGCUACUGCUGCAUUUAGCAAACAAAAAGAAUUAUCUUGCAGUCACUCAACAACGAACCGGCCCAUCAUAGAUCUUCAUCUCUUACAUUUUUUAACAGACAAUACUUUUGGUAUGGGAACUUCGCAAGAUCGUGCAGUUGCAGCUACAAUGCAUGCAGCGAAAAUUGCACACUUAAAUGCAAUGGGACAAGGGUUCGAUAACAUACCGCCUACGUUGAUGCAACAACAUCCUGAUUUUCCCAACAAUUCCAUUACAAACGACGUUUUUACAAAUGAAGAGUGUGGAGCAGCAGACCUUUCUACUGAACCCAUUUUAAAACAGCAACUUUCAAGUAGUGCUUUGCCAGGUGAAAACACUCUAGCAACUGCUUCAUCAAUAUCAAUGCGCCAAGAUUCGUCCGAUUUCGCAACUUCCAUAGAGUGCCAGUCAAAGGAAAAAACUAAAAUUCUAGAUAAUAAACCUCAAACUUCAUAUAAAGGUUUAGAAAAUUUUGGGCAUGAGAAAAUGUUUAUAGAAAAGAAAAUAACGCCAAAAGCUUGAAAAUCAACUUUUUACGAAUGUGUAUGUAUGUAGUUAUACACGAAAAAUUAAAAAAAAAUGUUGCGAAACUUGGAACCCCAUAUGCCCACGGUGACCAUAUACAUACAUAAAUAUUUGAAGUAUAAAUAAGUCAGAAAGUUUCAUAUAUACACAUAAAUAUAAUUUUUCUUCGUUCGACUUCACAAUACAAUUAAAAUUACUUUGUACAAUGAAAGCACCUUCUUUUUUCGGUUGAUCUUAAAAUGCCAUUUUAAAGAUAAAAUAAUGUAAACAAAAUAUUUUUAAAAAAGAUCUUUUAUUUGCCCUGUGAAGUGACAUAAAAUAAUGUAAGUUUAGGCUUUCGUUAUGGUAACUAAGAAAAAAAUGUCAAGGAGACUUUCUUAAAUUGGUUUAUCAACUUCAAUAAAUACGUAUGUACAUAUGUAUUUGAAAUAUAUGUUAUCUUUAUCCUUUAAAAA